GCGUACCCUCAGGCAGCCCUCUCAGUUUUGGUGCAGGGAAGAGACUCCAGCUUCUCCCCUCCAAGGAAAACUGACCCAAGGAAUUUCCCUUCCCUCAGGAACGAAUUCAGACUCAGCUGCAGCUGCUAAAGGGAGAGAGGAAGAGGCUUGAAGCACUGCGAGAGAGUGAAAGUCAUAAACACCAGGAAUACCAGCAAGAGGCAGCAGCCGAGAGGCAGAAGGUUGUGGCUGCGUUUGAGCGACUGCGCCGGUUUCUGGAGGAACAAGAGCGACUCGUGCUGGCUGAGCUGGGAGAGCUGGAGAGCGGGAUUGAGAAGAAUCAGGGGGAGACUGUCACCCAACUCUCCGAGGAGAUUUCAUGUCUCAACAACCUGAUCAGGGAGCUGGAGGGGAAGUGCCAGCAGGCCGCCAGUGACCUCCUGCAGGACAUGAGGAGCAUGCUGAGCAGGUGCAAGAAGGAGCAGUUCCAGCUGCCAGAGGGGAUUUGCCCAGAGCUGGAAAUGAGACUUGGCAUAUUUUCUGGACAAACACUAGCUCUACAGGAGACUUUGAUGAAGUUUGAAGAGAAUCUGACGUCUGUCCUGGAGAAGGACAAAGGGGGACCACAAGGAUUAUACACAAAGGCGACGGUGACUCUGGAUCCAGACACGGCAAAUCCCCACCUCGUCCUGUCUGCGGAUCGGAGAAGUGUGAGAUGGGAAGACACACAGCAUCCUGUGCCCAACAAUCCUGAGAGAUUUUAUACGGACUCGUGUGUGCUGGGCCAUGAGGGAUUCACCUCUGGGAGACACUGCUGGGAGGUGGAGGUGGGGCAGGGGGCCUGGGCCGUGGGGGUUGCCAGAGAGUCUGUGAGGAGGAAGGAACAGAUCAGAUUUAGCCCCGAGGAGGGGAUCUGGGUGGUGCAGUGCUGGGGGAAUCAGGUCUGGGCUCUCACGGCCCCUGCUGCCACCCCCCUGUCCCUGUGCCAGGCGCCCAGGAGGGUGCAGGUCUGUCUGGACCGCGCAGGGGGGUGGGUGUUUUUUCUUGAUGCUGACACCGAGGCCCUGAUCUUCACCUUCCCACCAGCCUUAUUCGCUGGGGACAGAAUCCGGCCCUGGUUCAGGGUGUAUGGGACUGGAGCCAUGCUCAGACUGUGCUAUUGAGGGGGAACAGCUGGGGAAUUGACCCCCCACAUGGGGAAAAGGGCCGCUCUGGCUUCCCAUUCUCUAUGACCCCAAAGGAAUACCCUCUACUUGCCCCCGUCCCUUCCUCUAUGCCCCCGGAUGCUACCCAGGUGAAAGAUGCCAUCUGCACCGACAAGCCUGUCCCGUUGCAGCAGCCAGCACCAGGCUGGUCUGUCCCAGCACUCAGUAGCCCUGGAGGAGUUGAGGGCAGCCACCAGAACAGACCCUUGUGGAUGCCACCAGCCUUGGGGCCACCACCCCCUGCAGUGCGAGGAGCCCAGGACUGGGGCUCAGGGCCAAGUGCCUCUGGGUGUCCUUUGCUCAGAGCCCGGUUGGGACCUGGGGGUGGGAAGUCGCCUGGGUUUGGAACUGGAGCCCGGCCAGACGCUGCCUGUGGGAAGCUGCUGGGCUGGUUUGUGCUUGAGCUGGAUUUUCCUGUGCAGCACCAGAGGCCCCUAGGCUGUACCAGCUGAGUAGAUCAGUGACCUAAAAGCAAAACCUGGGGAGGGCAACAUCUUAUAGGUCACCUCAAAGUAAGACACCAGCAACCUCUUCGUGCCACACAGGAAUAUCAUGCAUUUUGCAGACAGGUCCUUCACCCACCAGGGUCUGUCUCAGUUGCCUCCUGAUCAACAGACCCAUCCAUUAUGGAGAGAAGAGAUACCAGAGGGUUUGGGCAUGCUGUGGCGAGGCAGGCAGCUUUCAACCAGACAGCCCUGGCGCUGGUCCGAUCAGUUCUUCAGCCCAUCACAGCUUGCUGUUUUUUGGGGUGCAAAAAAUAUUUUCACAUGCCCCAUUUCUAGGCCAAUACCAAGGUCCACACCCUAAACUUGAAUGCCCUACCUUCCCAGGCCAAGCUCAGCACCCAAGGGCCUGACCUACACAGCAAGUCCAGCUCCUGCCCCUUACUGAUCUUCCUGCCCAGACCAGCACAACACACACAUAACUACAAAUAGAAAUCACCACCCCCGCUUAAAAAAAAAAAAAGAAGAAAAAAAAAAUCAAUGCCUGAUGUGGCCAGCAGCUUUCAGCCAGGGAGCCUUGGCACUAGUCUGAUCACUUCUGCAGCCUAUCACAGCUUGCCAUGUUUUGGGGGGAAAUAAAGUGAGCUACAAUCAGGUCCAGUCUAGCCCUAAUAGUAUUUUCUCACCAAUCACGGGGAAGGACGCGGUUGUGAUCCUUGCAGCUUUCACUGGGGCUGGAUCUAUCACCAAACGUCAUCAGCUGGGCACAGCUUACAGGGCUCUUUUGGAAGGAGCCAGCUGUGCUGGCAGCUGUGCUCUUCUCUUAUACGCCUUCUUCUUGACAGACUGGCAAGCCAAUAGGAAGAGAGCCAUGUUCUUUGAUUGCAUUGUAGAUGUUAAACCUUUCAGAUCCACCCCUGGUUGUUGCUGGUGAAAACAAACAUGCACAAAGCUCUUGAUUACUGGGAGGUUUAGUAUUUACUUCACUAGAACAGGGCUUGGUUACUUGAGAUUCACUCCUUAAACCCGAGGUUUACCAUUUUAGUAAUGGCAGUUACUUGAAUCAAGCACCUCAGACCAUGAGUUGUGGGGCACUCUAGAGGUCACUGUUACAGCAGAGGGGAUCCCAAAACGUGUUACCCAGCCUAGGCACCCAGAUUGGUGAGGACUGUGGUAACAAGGGGGAGGCGAUUACUUUGAAUGGGAAACCUAGUCAUAAUAGAUCUGGGGUUGUUAGACACCAGGGCUCACCU